GAAUGUGCUGCUGUGGAUACCAAGGAUACGUAAAAACUGGGAAUAAGUGAGGAGGUCCCGCUUUAAGACAGACGAGUUACUGCGUKUCUGUGCUUUGUGCUUUCUUUUCUUUGUUAAUCGCGGUUUUCCGCCCUGGCGCCGCGGGCGGUGCCGAAUGUGCGGCGSUGAAGCGCCAGGCCGGUAAACAGCGGCCGGGUGAGGCGAUGGCGGCGGGCGGGCUGGCGGGGCUCCUGCCCGCCCAGACACAGCUCGAGUACGCGCUGCUCGACGCCGACACUGCCCAGGAGAAGGAGAACCUGGUCUACCAGUACCUGAAGAAAAUGGACAGCCGCGAGCGGGACCUGACGGUGCCCGAGCUCGGCGGAGAUCUGCAAUGGUUAAACACUGAAGGUCCUAUUUCUCUUCACAAAGACCUUUGUGGAAAAGUUGUGGUGUUGGAUUUCUUCACUUACUGCUGCAUCAAUUGCUUGCACCUGCUGCCUGACCUCCACGCCUUAGAGCACCAGUACUCUGAUAAAGAUGGUCUUGUUAUUGUUGGUGUCCAUUCAGCAAAAUUCCCGAAUGAAAAGGUUCUGGAUAACAUUAAAAGUGCUGUUCUGAGAUACAAUAUUGUCCACCCUGUAGUAAAUGAUGCAGAUGCAACAUUGUGGCAUGAAUUAGAAGUGUCCUGCUGGCCAACUCUGGUCAUUCUUGGGCCUCGUGGAAAUAUGCUGUUUUCUCUUGUUGGAGAGGGACACAGAGAGAAAUUGUUUUUAUUUACUUCUAUAACACUGAAAUUCUACAAGGAAAGAGGACAAAUCAAAGAUAACAACAUUGGAAUAAAGCUCUACAGAGAUUCCCUUCCACCUUCUCCUCUGCURUUUCCUGGCAAAGUGACUGUAGAUGAUUCAGGAGAAAGGCUGGUCAUAGCAGACACUGGACAUCACAGGAUUUUGGUUACUCGUAAAAAUGGACAAAUUCUACACAGUAUUGGAGGUCCAAACAGCGGAAGGAGAGAUGGAGGAUUUUCAGAGGCAGCUUUCAACUCRCCACAAGGGAUUGCUAUAAAAAAUAAUGUUAUUUAUGUAGCUGAUACAGAAAAUCACCUAAUUAGAAAGAUUGACCUGGACUUGCAGRUGGUGACCACUGUAGCAGGCAUUGGGAUACAAGGUGUUGAUAAGGAAGGUGGAGCAAAAGGAGAAGAACAGCCUAUCAGCUCUCCCUGGGAUGUGGUCUUUGRAAGUUCAAUUUCAGGAACGCAGGAAGAUGAUGUGUUAUGGAUAGCWAUGGCAGGCACUCAUCAGAUAUGGGCACUGAUGUUGGAAGGUGGAAAACUACCAAAGGGAAGUGACUUAAAGAAAGGAGUCUGCCUUCGUUUUGCUGGGAGUGGAAAUGAGGAGAACAGGAACAACGCUUACCCCCACAAGGCAGGGUUUGCCCAGCCCUCGGGGCUCUCCCUGGCGCCCGAGGAGCCCUGGAACUGCCUGUUCGUGGCCGACAGCGAGAGCAGCACCGUGCGAACCAUCUCCCUCAAGGACGGGGCAGUGAAGCACCUUGUAGGAGGAGAGAGAGACCCAUUGAAUUUGUUUGCCUUUGGUGAUGUGGAUGGAGCAGGCAUAAAUGCAAAGCUGCAGCAUCCUUUAGGAGUAACAUGGGACAAGAARAGAAAGCUGCUGUAUGUGGCUGAUUCCUAUAAUCAUAAGAUUAAGGUUGUGGAUCCCAAGAUGAAGAACUGUGCUACUCUGGCAGGCACAGGAGAAGCAAGCAAUGUUGUUGGUUCCACCUUUACACAGUCAGCUUUUAAUGAACCAGGAGGUUUGUGUGUUGAAGAGAACGGCCGCCUGAUGUAUGUUGCAGACACAAAUAAUCACCAGAUUAAAGUGCUGGAUUUGGAAACAAAAAUUCUUUCCAUGUUGCCUAUCCUGAAGCCAGAAGCAUGUGAUGUUCCAGAUAACCUGCCUGUGCAAAAGGAUAAAAUAAGAAACCUUCCAAGGCUGCCUAAAUCUGCACCAAAUAUUCAACUUCCUUCACUAACYAUAGCUCCUGGCCAGACAAUUCAGUUUUUAUUAAAGUUGACUCUUCCUCCGGAUUCAAAACUGAAUGAAGAAGCUCCCAGUGCCUGGUUUAUCACAGCAGAAGAUAAUGCCUGGUUGCUUCAAGGACAGUGCCUGACAGGAGAAAUAAAGGAUGUUUCCUGUCACACUGUCAUUCCCUUUCAGUUGCCUGGAAGCUGUGUGUCAGCUGAAGCCACCCUGGCCAUCAAAGCGUGCCUCUACUACUGCAGCAAAGGUAGCAGUGCCUGUAUGAUGGCAGGAGUCUCGUUCAGCCAGCCCUUGCAGGUCACUGGCACAAACCAAGGCAGCUYUGCACAAGUGGAACUGAUACACACCUUUGUAACCAACUAACACAAAGCCAGCUGAUUUCACACAUUAUUUUGCUAUCCACCAUUUCUGUUGGGGCAUGUACACAUAGAAAACUUCUCUUUGUUUUUUCCUGGAGCUUAUGACAAAGCUAAGAAAUAAUAUGCCUGGUAAAAUGAAGUAGUUUUCCCUACAGCCUAACAGGAAAAUUUAUCACCACCUCAUUUCUUUGCAUUACAGUAGCAGCAAUAACUUUGUAAUACAGACUCUGUUGCCAAUUGCGAACAUACUGGAUGUCUGCCAGUCUUAAGAAAUGAGCAACGAUUUUUAGAGUCCUUUGGAAAGAGCUGGUGUUACCUUGUGAUGUUGCUGUAAGAUCUUUGCACUGUAAGUAUUGUUAGAGUAGAUCAUUUUGGACUAACACUUUUGUGCCCUUAUUACAUUUUAAUAGAAUGUCAGAAGGAAGUUUCUUUCUCCAGUCUGUAAAAGAAGUAUCUUGCUUAUUUUUCUGUAAUGACACUUAUGACACAUGAAUUUUGAAAAUACAUCUUAAACUAGGUGCAGCUCUAGUUUUAUGCAAACUGAGUAUUUUGCUUUAACUMAACAUGACCGCCUUAUAUGAAGAGCAAAGGUUCAUGGAAAAAUUUCUGUGAAAGGAAGCAUUCAAGUUCCUGCAGAAGAAUUUCAUGCUGAUUUUUAACAAAGAAUGUGCCUCUCUGCAAUGUAUAUAAAUAUAUAUAUAUAUAUAU